AUGGUUCCAACAGCAGGUGGACAAUACCACUAUGCUGCCGCCCUAUCUCCACUCAAAUACAGACGCUUGUUUUCGUGGAUCGCAGGCUGGGCCACCAUCUGGAGUUGGCUUUUGUCAGCGCUGACGGGUAUCUUCUCCAAUGCCAUGCAGCUUCAGGCGUACAUCAUUUUAUUUGCUCCAGAUUACAACUAUCAGCGAUGGUACACAAGCUUCAUUGUCAUCGCUAUGAACACCUGCUUUCUCGGGAUUAACAUCCUCGGCACUCGCUGGCUGCAUAGGUUGACAUUUUUUGGUAUCGUGCUGCACAUUGCCGGAUACAUCACUAUCAUCGUUUGCCUGUUGGCGAAGGUGCACCCCAAGAAUACGGCAGAAUAUGUCUUCUCUGACCUGACUAACCUGAGCGUGUGGAAAAGCGACGGGGUCUCGUGGUCAAUCGGCCUAAUGAGCUCUGGCGUGGCUUUUAUUAACUGGGACUCAGCCACGCAUAUGGCGGAGGAGAUGCAGAAUGCCUCAAGGGAUCUUCCACGAGUCCUUUAUGGCUGCGUUGCUCUCUCUGGUCUCCUCACCUUCCCUUGGGUGAUCGCCCUAGCCUUCUGUAUCACGGACAUCCAGGGCCUCGUUAGUCGGCCAGUGGGAAGAAUCUGCCCGUUGGUGCAGCUCGUGUACAACAUUUCAGGUGGCAGUCAGACCAUGACACUCGGAAUCACCUGGUACUUCCUUUUCCUAGGCUUCUUCAUCGGUGGUCCAGGAUGCAUGGCCGCGUCAUCCCGUGUCAUCUGGUCGUUCGCCCGCGAAGGCGGUCUUCCCGAGUGCUUUUCACGUGUUCACGGCAGUCUUGAGGUGCCCGUCAAUGCAUUGUUGAUCUCAUGGGUAGGUAUCUCUGCUCUAGCCUUGAUUUACAUCGGCAACGAGACCGCCCUUUAUGGAAUCGCCUCCGGUGUGAUGGUGAUCAUGAUUUUCUCAUACGCACUGCCCAUCUUCCUCCGAAUUUCCUACGGCUUUGAGCACACAAGCUUGCAGCCCGGUCCAUUCACGCUCGGUGUCCGGAGCAUGCCAAUUAACAUCUUUGCCGCAUGCUGGUGUGUUUACCUCAUCAUCUUCCUGUGCUUCCCCUCUGUCAUCCCUGUCACGCCGCAAAAUAUGAACUACGCUCCGCUUAUCUUCGGCGCAAGAAAGUCUACACUACUCCUGGAAGCCCGAGACAGACUUGGAGGCCACACAUGGCACGCAACCGUCGAUGGCUUCAAUUAUGAGAUGGGUGGGACUUUGAUCCAUUGGCACAUGCCCCAUAUCUACCAUGAGGUCUCUCUGUACGGCCUGCACAACGACUGGAUCUUCACUCAGAACCUAGGUGGAAAGGAAGACUACUUCACUACGAUCACGGGAACUAAGCGAAAUAAAAUGUCGCACAAAGAGGAGGACCGUCUAGACCAGACCCACGACCAGCUAUCGGACGAGGAGGUGAGCGUGUUGACGGCCCAGCUCAUGCAGAUGGGCGGCAAUACCCUAGACAAGAUGGGUCUCGUUGGCGCACUCCGCUGGUGGGCUCUAGGUGGCCACACCCCAACUAGUCUGAAUGACAUUGCCCUCCACACCCGACUUCGUAGUGGAAACACCGAGCUACACCGCCGCAUCUUCGAGCACGCCCUGUCUACCGACAACCUGUCCUACGGGUUCAGCUCCCCUGUUCAGCGUAUCGAGGAUGCUGGAGACAUUGUCACCGUGACGACUAGAGAUGGAAAGAAAUGGAAGGCCAAGUCCGUCAUCUGCACGGUGCCGUUCAACGUCCUGUCCUCUGUCGACUUCAGUCCCCGACUCCCUGAGGACAAGGUCACAGCUCUGCAGCUGCAGUCUGUCAACAAGUGCAACAAGGUCCACGUGGAUAUGAAGGGACCCGACUACCUGUCGUGGGGUUCGAUGGCCACCCCCGGCAAUGGAUUGAUCUCGGCAUUUGGAGAUCAUCUCACCCUCGCAAACGACACUCAUCUGGUAUGCGUCGGUCUUGACCCGGAAUGUUCUACCGGAAUCACGCUCGACAAUCUCGAUACUUUGAAGGAUGCUGUUGUCCAACUCCUGCCCGAGAACAAGCAAGGCGAGGCUGUCAUUAACCGUAUUGUGUCUCAUGAUUGGAACAAGGACGAGUUUGAAAAUGGUACUUUGUUCUUCCCUCCCCCCAACGCCACAGCAAAGUAUCUCCCCGUCCUACAAAGGCCACAUGGCAACGUCUUCUUUGCCAGCGCAGAUUGGUCGGAUGGUUGGUGUGGUUGGACUGAUGGCGCUGUCCAGAGCGGUAUGCAGACAGCGCACCAGUUCAUUCUGGAGCAAAAGAAGGCUCCAGUUGUAAAAAAGAAGGCUCUGCUUAAGGGUCAGUCUAUUGACCUUUCCAUUGACCUCUCCAAAGGUAUUGUGCGAUGCGUCAUCUAA